CUUGCUUGUCUAGCUCCAAGUUGUUUUUUUAUAAUAUAUCAAACAUUAUGUUUUCCCAAUAUUCUCUGCUUCUUAUUAUUAUUAUUUCCUUAAUAUUAUUGUUGGAGCCAAUAAAAAUCGUUGGACGACGUUCUCAUGAAUUAUCCAAUAAUAACAAGCCUGAUUCUUCUUCAUUGGACAGUAGUUAUAUUGAGGAUCUAGUCACUAAUUUGCCAGGACAACCUAGUGUAAAUUUCAAACAUUAUGCUGGACAUGUCACAGUAAAUGAGAAAAAUGGAAGAGCACUCUUUUAUUGGUUCUAUGAAUGCUCAAUUGACCCUCAAGAUAAACCUUUAGUGCUUUGGCUCAAUGGAGGUCCAGGAUGUUCUUCAGUGGGAUAUGGAGCAACUCAAGAGAUUGGGCCUUUUCUUGUAGACUUUGAUGGUUUUGGCCUACAACUUAAUCCUUAUUCAUGGAAUAAAGAGGCAAACUUGUUGUUCUUGGAAUCUCCAAUUGGUGUUGGCUUUUCAUACUCAAAUACAAGUGGUGAUUAUCAUAUCAUUGGAGAUGAUUUCACAGCCAAUGACACAUAUACUUUUCUACACAAGUGGCUUCUCAAGUUCCCAUCAUAUAAAAAACGACCAUUUUAUAUUGCUGGAGAGAGUUAUGCAGGAAAAUAUGUACCUGAGUUGGCUGAAGUCAUUGUUGACAAGAAUAAAGACCCUUCCCUUUUCAUUGAUCUCAGAGGAAUCCUGCUAGGUAAUCCAGAAACAUGUGAUGCAGAGGAUUGGAAGGGUCUAGUGGAUUAUGCUUGGAGCCAUGCUGUCAUUUCUGAUGAAACUCAUAAAACUAUUUCUGAUACUUGUAAUUUUCACAGUGAUGAUACAUGGAGCAAUCAAACUUGUUCUGAGGCUGUUGAUGAAGUCCUCAAACAGUACAAAGAAAUUGAUAUCUAUAGCCUUUACACUUCAGUAUGCAUAAGAGAUACUGCUACUACUCAACAACAAACCACACAAGUUUUAUUUGACACCAAGUCCAAAAUGAUGCCAAGGAUCAUGGGAGGAUAUGACCCAUGUCUUGAUGAUUAUACUUCUUCUUAUUACAAUAGACUUGAUGUUCAAAAGGCUCUCCAUGUUAUAAGUGAUGGUCAACACCUCAAAAAUUGGAGCAUUUGCAAUAUGACAAUCUUUGGUAGUUGGUCAGACUCAAAGGAAUCAGUUCUUCCUAUUUAUCACAAACUCAUCAAUGCUGGACUCAAAAUUUGGGUUUACAGUGGAGACACUGAUGGAAGAGUUCCUGUUUUAUCAACAAGAUAUAGUUUAAGUGCCCUUGGUUUGCCAAUUACAGCAAAAUGGAGACCAUGGUACCAUCAAAAACAGGUAGGAGGAUGGGUUGAAGAGUACAAGGGAUUGACAUUUGCAACAUUUAGAGGAGCAGGACAUGCUGUUCCAACUUUCAAGCCUAGUGAAUCACUUGCAUUCUUCACUUCUUUCCUUAAUGGACAAUCUCUUCCUUUCCAACGUAUCUAAUUAAGGAUACGUGGAAACAUUGUUGAUCCUUCUGAUG